AUGGCAACAACAAAGAAAAUAUCUGCUCUCUUCUGCUUCUCUGCUCUCUUCUGUCUCUUCUUCACCAUUAACCAUGCUAUCUCCGAAUCCGACCACAUGAAAACUUUCUGCGACGAAUCAUCCAAAAACACCACUCGCAACAACACAACUUAUAACACAAAUCUCAACACUCUUCUCUCCACUCUUAGCAACCAAUCAUCAUUCGCUAACUACUACAACCUCACGACCGGUCUAGCUUCAGACACAGUUCAUGGAAUGUUCUUGUGCACAGGAGAUGUCAACAGAACAACCUGCAACGCUUGUGUCAAGAAGGCAACUAUCGAGAUUGCCAAAAACUGCACUAACCAUCGAGAAGCAAUCAUUUACUACGUAGAUUGUAUGGUUAGAUACUCAGAUAAGUUCUUUCUCUCGACCCUGGAGACGCAUCCUAGUUAUUGGUGGUCGUCUCAUGAUUUAAUACCUAAAUCAUUUGGUAAAUUUGGGCAGAGAUUGUCCAACAAAAUGGGAGAAGUUAUCGUUAGGUCAUCUUUGUUGUCUUCGUCGUUUACCCCGUAUUAUGUAAUGGAUACAACUAGGUUCGAUGACAAGUAUGAUCUUGAGUCUAUUGUUCAGUGUAUUCCUUAUUUAGAUCCAAAAAACUGCACAACAUGUCUGAAACUUGCGUUCCAAGAACUCACUGAGUGCUGUGGUGAUCAGCUUUGGGCUUUCAUCUUCACUCCCAAAUGUAUGGUGAGUUUUGAUACCUACACUUCAUCAUUGCCGCCGCUCCCACCGCCAAGUCACAGCGGUACCUUCUGGAUUAGAGGAGAUAACAAAAUACUUGGGGGAAUGGUUCUUGCUGUGGCCUUUUCGGUGUUUGCACUUUUGGGUUUAUGAUCAGAUUUACAAUUACUAUAGUAAGAAAAAAGGAUUGGUUUGAGUUUCGAUUUAGAAUUUUUUUAAGAGAAAUACAAAAUAUAUUGUUUUUGUUAUAUUAAUUAUGC